AUGACACCCAACAACAUAUCCUCACCUUCACCCUCACCCUCAAACCAAUCAAACAUUCAAAUCUCUCCUGAACAAACAGGCCUCCCAAAACCACCAAAAAACUAUCAUCCCUUUAGAACAAGAUCAUCAAGAAAGCUAGCAAUCCUCAAAGUUGGUGAACAUCAAAAAACCAAACCAAUAGUAUGGUUUGCCGCAAUCCUAUGUUUCAUAUUCAGCCUCACCUUAAUCUUCUUUGGCAUAGCAACAUUAAUUUGUUACCUAGCCCUAAAACCAAGCAACCCUUCAUUUGAUAUUCCAAAUGCAAGCUUAAACUUAGUAUAUUUUGACUCAAAACCCUAUCUCAAUGGUGAGUUCACACUCCUCACAAAUUUUUCAAACCCUAAUAGAAGAGUUCAUGUGAAGUUUGAGUCUUUACAUAUUGAACUUUUCUUCACAAAUAGACUCAUAUCAUCACAAACGAUUACCCCUUUUACUCAAAAACCUAGAGAAACUAGGUUGCAAGCAGUGAAGUUUAUGUCAAGUUUGCUUUUUGUGGCACAAGAGGUGGGUGUGAAACUUCAAAAUGAGGUGCAAAGUAGUAAUAGGUUGAAUUAUUAUGCAAAGGGAACGUUUAAGGUGAAGGUUAAAAUGGGAAUUAUACAUUUGUCUUUCUGGCUUCAUAGUGUUUGUCAGAUGGAGAUGACUGGUCCACCUGCUGGUUCUCUUGUUGCUAGACAAUGUGUAACAACAAGAUGA